AUGGCUCCAAGCAAGGACAUGCCUGGCGAGUCAACAUGCACAACUUGCAGCUUCUCCGAGGAUUUCUCCAACUACUGGACAGCAGUCUUGUAUUUCCGUGCAAGAAAUGGCACUUAUAAGCGUGUCCCUCAGAUUUCCCAGAUCAGUGGUGCUACUGCGGGAAUCACUGUUUACUACAUGCAAGAUGCACUUUAUGACCAAGAGCAGAAGUCCAAAGUGACCGCUUUCAAGCCAGUAGGUCGCUCCCUAACAACUCUCCUCUCUCAACAGACUCAACCAUAUCUCGGAGAAGACUGA